AUGCUCUCUCAACGCGUUUCGAGGCUGCCGACGGCGACCGCGGCGCGCAGGCUGCGUCUCGAGCGAGGCCUUAUUACGGGCCCUCCCCCCGAUGUGCCGGGUACGCACCACCAGACUGCCACCUCUACGCCGCUGCCGACACCGACGCCUUUGCCGAACUUCGUCCCUCUUCCAGCUCUCCACCGCAUGCGCUCCGUUGAUGACCCCUCGACUGCUCGUCGCGGAGACCAGGAGCUCGUUUACGUCCCCGGAUCAGCGGCCGACCGCAUUGCUCGUGUGAACAGGAUGAGCUCUCCCCUCAGGCGUGGUGCGCACCAGUCGUGGUGGACUGCGGACCAGGGCUGGUUCAACGCCGUUAGCAGCACGAUCCCGACCUACCGUGUUCUGAACGAGGAGGGACGCCCAGUCAAGGGCGGAACCGUUCCGGAGCUCGACAAGGAGGAGGCGCUCAAGAUGUACAAGGCCAUGGCCCUCAUUCCCGUCGUCGACAACGUUCUUUACCAGUCGCAGCGCCAGGGUCGUAUCUCCUUCUACAUGCAGUGCUCGGGUGAGGAGGCUGCUGUUGUCGGUUCGGCCGCUGCUAUGCAGCCCACCGACGAGGUGUUUGGACAGUACGCCGCCCUCCUGUACCGCGGCAUGUCGCUUCAGCGCAUGAUGGGCCAGUGUUUCGGCAACGUUGACGACGACUCGUCCAAGGGUCGCAUGAUGCCGGUGCACUACACUGCCCCGGAUCUCGGCUUCCACACCAUCACCUCUCCCCUCGCUACCCAGCUCCCGCAGGCCGCCGGCGCCGCUUACGCGCUCAAGACGGACGAGGCGCGCCAGGGCGACUGUGUCAUCUGUUACUUUGGUGAUGGAGCCGCCUCCGAGGGCGAUUUCCACGCUGCGCUUAACAUGAACGCCGUCCUCGGUGGGCCCUGCAUCUGGUUCUGCCGUAACAACGGUUUCGCCAUCUCCACCCCCGUCAUCGACCAGUACGCCGGUGACGGUAUCGCUGCCCGUGGCCCGGCUUACGGUCUCGACACGAUCCGUGUUGACGGAAACGACGCGCUCGCCGUCCUCGCCGCGACGCGGGAGGCGCGCCGCCGCGCCGUCGAGGGCAAGAAGGGCGUCCUCGUCGAGGCGAUGACGUACCGUGUCGGCCACCACAGCACCUCGGACGACUCGUCCAAGUACAGGUCGGCGGAGGAGGUGCAGGAGUGGAACACGGUGGACAACCCGAUCUCGCGAUUCAGGAACUGGCUCGUGGACCAGAAGUGGUGGAGCGAGGAGGAGGAGCGCGCGAUGCAGAAGGCGAACAAGACCGAGGUCCUCAAGACGUUCAACAGGAGCGAGAAGCUGCCCAAGCCGAAGCUGAGCGAGAUGUUCAACGACGUCUGGAGCGCGCCCGACGGAGAGAACCUCCCCGAGGUCAUUGCCGAGCAGAAGGCCGAGCUUGGCCACCUCCUCAAGAAGUACGGACAGACUUGGGAGCCAUGGCGCAAGGAGCUCAAGCGUUUCGUCGAGCAGGGUGAGGACGUCAUGGACUGCGAGGGCAAGGCGAGGUAA